AUGCCUAGUCCCAUUCCUCUCGAUAAUACUUUAGGUGCUGUGUUCAUUGGAAUCAUAUUUUCCUCGAUUGUGUUCGGGAUUACAUGUCUUCAGGCAUAUAUCUAUUAUACACAACACUGUGAUGACGACCGUUUCUUUCUGCAGUUACUAGUUGCAGUGUUGAUGAUACUAGAUGCGAUUCAUCUCGCGUUACUUGUUGUCUUCUUUUAUCACGUCACCGUUUCGAAUUUCGGCGACCUCUCGGUUCUACAGCAUACUACCUGGAGUAUAACAUUUCAAAUUCUGUUCGUCCAUAUAAUUAGCACAAUCAUUCAAUUGUUCUUCGCCUGGAGGAUAUAUCACAUCAGCGAGAAGAAAAAGCCCAUUCCUCUUGUCACCGCGGUCAUAGCUAUAUCUCAAAUUGCAUGUGCCAUAGUGUUCGUAGUCGCGAUGUUGGAUGAAGACACACUGGGCAUGCCUGGCUCGAAGGCUGAAGAGAUCUGGUCCCCCCUGGCUUUGGGGUUGAAUACCAUAUGCGAUAUAUUCAUUGUAUCGGCGAUGGUAUCCCACUUCCGAAAGACCAAAGACAUGUUCUCCAGAACCCAAAAGGUCAUAACUAGAAUCAUCACGUAUGCCUUGAAUACUUGUCUUCUCAACACAUUCUUCGCCCUUACUGGUUUGAUUGUGGUCAGUUGUGAAGCUGCCGUAGCUCGCGGAGACGAGCGUCCUUCACUGAAAUGGCUCUUCAUAGUAUCUAAGUGCACGAUCAACACUACUCUAUACACCAUUUUUCUUCAUGUUAUCACGAGUAUAUACUUGCUCAUUCAUUUCAACACACCCGUUCUCGUGCACGAAACCUUUCUGACCAACUUGAGGAAGGGAGAAGUCGUGUAUAGCCGAACAAGACUCUUGCAGCAGAGGUCGCUUGGGCUUGACGAUGUCAGUCAGGAGAUUUCCUCACCGCGGUGGUUUGCUCUUGAAAGUUUCUCGUGCGAGUGUUGGAGUCUACUGAGAACGUCAUUGCUGCUACGGCAAGACCAUCGUCUCUUACAAGUUGAGCUCGGCGGCCGUGUGCCGCUAUAUAUCGCGCACAGUAGUAUUUCUGAGCAUGUGUACUGCCUCGAAAUCUCGGACAAUCAAAUCUAUUUUUACACUUGUGAUGAUGGCGUUCGGCCGCCGUUUCUCAUCCCCGGGACUAUCAGCCACAGUCCAUGCGGCUACGUUGCUGAUCGUGCUGUGUUCAUUGGAAUUAUACUGUCCUCGAUUGUGUUUGGGAUUACAUGUCUUCAGACAUAUAUGUAUUAUACACGACACUGUGAUGACGACCGUUCUCUUCUGCGAUUACUAGUUGCGGUGUUGAUGUUACUGGAUGGGACUCAUGUUAUUCUAAUCGUUGUUUUCUUUUAUCACGUCACCGUCUCGAAUUUUGGGGACUUUUCAGUUCUAGAGCGUAAUACCUGGAGUAUAACGGUUCAGGUUCUGUUCGUUCAUAUAACUAGUGCAAUCAUUCAACUUUUUUUCGCCUGGAGGAUAUAUCACAUCUGGGAGAGGAGGAAACUCAUUCCUCUUGUCACCAGGCUUAUCGAGCUACAACAUCUAUAUAGCAUGUGCCAUAUUGUGACUCGAUAUGCGAUGGCUUAUGUCCUCAAUAUUGCAGUGUUCGUGGUUACAACGUCUCGCGAGGAUACACUUGCCACGUCUAACUCAAAAGCUGGAGAGAUAUGGACCGCACUGGCUUUGGCAUUGAAUAUCAUAUGCGAUAUCUUCAUCGCAUCGGCCAUGGUGUUUCACUUUAAAAGGACCAAGACUACGUUCCCCAGAUUCUUCGCCCUCACUGGCUUGGUCGUGUACCUCAGUGCACGAUCGACGCUGGCCUAUGCGCCAUUUUUCUUUAUGCUACCACGAGGUUUGCCCGAUAAAAUAUUCCUGUCCUAUAUCGUGUUCUGA